ACCGCCUACCGAACACACCCAAGGUUACCUCCGGCAAUUUGACAUUUUAGUCACAAUGAAAGAUUUAUUUAAUAUCUUUGGCUUAAGUGUGGUGAUUGGACUUUUCGUAAUUUCAACAAACGCAAUUUAUCAAAGCAGAAGCUUAGAGGAAUCAACAAUCAAUUCAGCGGUACCAGCACAUCCAAUUGCCGAGUUCAUCUUGAAUCCGUCAUCUGUUCAUCGACAAAAGCGACAACUGGGCGGCUUCGGCUUCGGCAGUUCCAGCGCCAACGCCAACGCCUUCAGUAGUGGCUUUGGACCGCACGGAUUCGGAUCGAGUGCGGCGAACGCGCAGGCUCAGUCUUUCCAGAGCGGAGGACCUCUCGGUUCGUUUGGUGCAUCGGCGGCCAAUGCCGCGUCCCAGGGAUUCAGCGUUGGACCCAAAGGGUUGGCCGGGUCGGCGUCGUUUUCGGGCAGUCAAUCGUACCAGCUGCCCGGCCGUAAAACACUCUCGAUUGCGUACUCGAACGGGUUCAGUUUGGGCAAGAAUGGUCGUCCGCAAAUUUCUAGGGGGCAGUCGAUCAGUUGGAGUUGAGAUUAUGUAGAAUUGUCAACUAAUUGUGGGUGAAAUUAGUUGAAUAAUGAAACCUUUAUAUACCUCGUGUAAAUGUUAAGCUGAAAAUUUGAUAGAGCCCUAAUAAAAAACAAUCGUAUCAAGUGAAUUUAAAUGUUGAGAAUAGAUAAGAUGAGACACCACUACUUGACCACUACACUUAAAUCCCGAUGGUUUGACAUCAAUUGUUGUCGAGCCAUAGGGGUCAAUUUUUAGUUAGACACCCUCUUCACAGGGAGCUUACAACUCUACCAAACAUUUAUUUCGAUAGAGUUGGUGAACUCCGGGUAAAAAGUGACAGUUAGUCAAAUUUUAGUUUAAUAUUGUCAAAUCAAUGGAGUAAAAACUAAAAAAAAGUCAAAUGAAAAAGUUACCAAUUACUAAGGGCUAAGUGUUAUAGGACCUCCUACAUUUGAAAUCACUGAAUAGCAAAAGCUACACAAUUUCAUGAAUAAAUGAAAGUUGCUGGUAUUUAAAAUUGAGGUGAAAAGUCAUCGAUUGUGAUUGGACACUCAAAAAUAUUUUAACUGAAUGGAUGUGCAUGGAAAAGAAUAUCUGAAUAAAUAUAAAUUAAAAAAGGGCUCUGUGUUCAGUGAAAUAUCUUACUUUUCUUACCAUUGAUUUUAAAAUUUGAUGAAAUUGUACAUUGCCCCAAACCACAAGGUCACAAAUUAGUAGACAAAAAUACAUUAUAAAAAAUUAAAGAGAAAUUUUAAUCGUAAGGCUCUGAAUUAAAAUGUAUCACAAUAAAUUGAUGAAAAUAAUUUUAAGUGUAAAAUACAUA